AUGGGCUUUGCAUGCCUCCUGCUCCUCUUCACUGUGGUGCAAAGAGGCCACAGCCGGCAGGAUGAAGUUCCUUCUGCUUCCUGUGCCGGCUUGAGGUCAUCGGCCCCUGGGUGUGAUAAGGGUCUGUCCAUGCUGGCCCAGCGCCACCGUGUCACGAAGAAGGACCUCCUGGAAAGGGUGACCUUGACCACAAGCACGCACACGCUGUACUAUGCCCCCGACUUUCCCGAUGUCGGUGACAUGACGAAAGUGACCACCGAGGAAGUGCCAGCAUGGACUCUGGAAAACGACCGGGGGGUACGCGCAAAGGUCAUGAGGAAGGGUGGGAAUCUGGUGGAGCUGUCCAAAGAUGGACAUCCGUAUGUCUGGGACAACACCAAGGGUGCAAUUUACUACGGGGUGAACAGCAGCACCUUCCCCCUCACCCGUGGACUAUACAUCAAUGGUGGUGUCCGCUUUGCGGCAGUGACCCCUGAGCAUGGCUUGUACUACGACACGCUUUGGGACGUUACCUUUGAGCAGAGUGAGGAGGAAGAGUCGCGAUCCAUUAUCCUCAGCAUCACCGAUUCUUUGGAGCAGCGGCAAAAGCUGAACGACACCUUGUCUCAGGGGAAGUACUCAUUACCUGAUGGAGCUCCGAUGAGUGCUUACCCUGUCACCAACCUCGUUUUCCGGUUCUGGAUCACCCUCCGUGCCGGCGAGGAUUACGUGCGACUACGAGCUGAAGUCAUCAAUCCAACGGCUGCGGACGCCAAGGGAGCAGCAUGGAUGCCAAUGACCUUCCCCAUCGAUGAGGACGCAAACGGAUAG